CCUUCUCCAUUCCCCUCGCACCCGGCGGAGGGAGAGGGGGCGCGAGGCGGGGCUCUCGCGCGUGUGCGGCUCGCGCCGGCCGGAGCAGGGAGGGAGGGCGGCGAGCGAAGCUCGCGAGGGGCGCUGGGCCCCCGGAGCUCCGGCCAGCGCUGCCCAGCCAGCCCCGAGCGCGCCAAGCCUGCCGGAGCCGCCACCGCCCCCGUCAUGAGCCCCGGGAGCCGCCCGUGAGGCGCCCGGCCGCCUGGCCCACGACUGCCGCAGCUGCGCGCGUGGAGCUGUCCAGAAGUUGGAAUGGGAUGUGAGCCAUGAAUGGUGAUGCCCCUUGUCAGGACACCUCCUCCCAGGUCCCCGACUGGCGGGAGUUCUGCGAGCUGCACGCCCAGGCGGCCGCGGUGGACUUUGCCCAGAAAUUCUGCAGGUUCCUUCGGGAGAACCCACAGUACGACACCCCAGGAGCCGAGGCCUCUUUCUCCCAUCACUUUGCCGCCAACUUCCUGGACGUCUUCAGCGUCGAGGUGAGCCGUGUCUUCGUCUCUGACUCGCCCACAAAGUACAACAUCGUCCCCUUUGUGGGGCUGCAGCCCUGCCACAUGCCCAAUGCCCGGGGCCCCUUCCCCUGCCGAGAGGAGACCUCCACCGAGUCCCUCGACAGCAUGGACCCCGUGGCCGGGGCGCCCCCAGCCCGCUAUCUGAGCCAGGCCCAGCAGGCUCAGGCCCACAAGGUCUCUUCCUAUGGCCACUCGCGAAGCUCCGAAGAUGUGUCUUUCCGUGCCACGGCCAAGCCGAGAUUCAAGAAGGGCUUCUCGCUGCGCAACAUGAGCCUGUGUGUGGUGGAUGGCAUGAAGGAGAUGUGGCAUCGUCGGGCACCCCCCGAGCCCGAGGCUGGCCCGCUGCCAGCACCUGGUGGGGGAGAGCCUCCGGCAGAGCCCCGGGAGAAGUGGGCCCACCGGCUCAGGCUCUCCCGAGGUCCGGCCUCCAAGGUGGAGCUGGCCGACAUCCAGCGAGAGGGGACCUUGCGCUACAUGGUGGCUGACGACUCCAGCUGUGUCGGCGGCUCCCAAUGGCAGAAGUGCCGGCUGAUGCUCCGGAAGGCUGUGAAGGUGGAGGGCGAGCGGUUCCUGCUAGAGUUCUACGUCCCCCCCAAGGCCUCCAAGCCCAAGGUGAGCAUCCCCCUGUCCGCCAUCAUCGAGGUCCGGACCACCAUGCCCCUGGAGAUGCCCGACAAAGACAACACUUUCGUGCUCAAGGUGGAGAACGGAGCCGAGUACAUCCUGGAAACCAUCGACUCCCUGCAGAAGCACUCCUGGGUGGCCGAUAUCCAGGACUGCACAGACCCGGGAGACAGUGGGGACGACAUCGAGCUCUCGGCCUGCGCGCAGGGCAGCUGCCUCCCGGGCCGCGUGUCUUCCUGCAGCUGCGAGUUCCUCACAGAUGAGGCUCCCCGGCCCCCCGAGAGGUGCUCCGGGGCCCCCGAGGCAUCUAUGGCCGCCGUGGUCACAGCCCCGCACGGCAGGGCCAGGGACUCUGCGGGCGGUGAGCACCUGACCCACGUCCCUCUCGAGAACUUCCUCCAGACGUUGGAGUCUCCAGCCAGCAGCAGCCACCCAGGGGAGGAAUGCAGCCAGGCAGAUCCGGAGAUCGUCCUUUCGGAUUAUCCCUGGUUCCACGGGACUCUGUCCAGGAUCAAGGCAGCCCAGCUGGUCCUGGCAGGGGGCGCCCGCAGCCACGGCCUCUUCGUCAUCCGUCAGAGCGAGACGCGGCCAGGCGAGUACGUGCUGACCUUCAACUUCCAGGGCAAGGCCAAGCACCUGCGCCUGUCCCUGAAUGAGAAUGGUCAGUGCCACGUCCAGCAUCUCUGGUUCCAGUCCAUCUUUGACAUGUUGAGGCACUUCCACACCCACCCUAUCCCCCUGGAGUCCGGAGGAGCUGCCGACAUCACCCUUCGCAGCUACGUGCUAGCCCAGGCCCCCUUGCCCGACCCUGGCCCGGCUCCCGGCACGGUCCCUCCUCCUCCCAGCUGCUGGAGCGAGCCCCCCACCCAGCAUUAUUUCUCCAGCUUCGCCCCUGGGCCCUUCCAGCCAGCUUCUCCCUCCGAGGGUGGGGGCGCCUCCUCCUCUUCGGCCUCCUCCUCCUCAGGCACCGUCCCCCACGCGCAGUACCAUCGCACCGAGGGCACGCUGAGUGCCCGAAGCCGUAGCAACAGUGCUGAGCGCCUGCUGGAGCCCCCUGGCUCUGGAGCCGAGGACUACCACGACAGCGAGGGUGCCCGCAACAGGACCCGGGCCGUGGAGAACCAGUAUUCCUUCUACUAGGCCCGGAGAGCUCGGCUUCCCCGAGCAGGGAGCAGGGACCUGUGUGGCUGCUGGGCAAGGACACGCCAGGGAUUGUGUCGGACCCCUCGAGGUUCUUGGGGAACUGCUCAGAGGCUGACUGGAGUUUCAGAGGUGGCCGGCCUUGGGGCUGUGGCCAGUCUCUCCUCUUUCUUUUCCUUCCCUCUCCCAUGCUCUCCUCUGCCUUGGUCACACCUCCCUUGGUUACUGCUCUGGAAACAUACCCACUCACCCAUUGGGGGGGGCGGGGGUAUGGGUCACUGCUCCGUGGCCAGGACACGGUUUCCCUUCCCUCCUCCUCCCUGUCCCUUCCCUCCUCCCCCCAUGGAGCGGCCCAUGGGUUGUGAGAUUGAGUGCUCUGACCCGAAGCUCUUCAGUGAAGAUAUGAUGUGAUUAAAGAGCCUGUUUUAGGGACUGCAGCAA